AUGGAGAGAGAGGAGUUGCAGGCUUUCAAAUCCUUCUCCGGCGAUUCAAUGGACGAGUCUCCGCUUCAACUCGUCUCCGAAAUCGGCGACAAUCUCUGUCGACUCGCUCGCCCCAACAAGGACUUCCUUGUCAAGUCGCUCCGUCGAGUUGCAAAUACUUUAUCACAAAUCGAACAGCCUUUGGAAACUCAUAGAAAGACAGAAGGUAUAAUGAAGUUAGAAGCUGCUGUAAAGCCCUUGAGGAAGUCUAUUCUGAAGCAUGAUCUUAUGAAGCACACUGACAAAGAAGUUAGACUUUUGGUGGCAAUCUGUGUCAGUGAAGUGUUUCGGAUCCUUGCACCGGAACCACCUUUUGAGGACAAAUAUCUCAGGGUAGCGAGACUCUUGCUGUCCUCAUACAUGGAACAUCACCAGCAGUCUUUAAUUAAUGAGAUUUUGUCUAUAAUGAAACAUAUUUUAAACGAGGAGGCUUCUCAGGCACUUUCGGAUGUGAUUUUGCUGAAUCUUAUAAAGGAAGGAAAGGCUGCACCUCACGCUGCUUCUCAGCUGGCUGCUUCUGUGAUCCAAGCUUGUGCAGAAAAGCUUGAGCCAUUAGUUUGUGGGUUUCUAACAACUUGUUUUUUAGACAGAGAUGCUGUUGAAAGUGAGCUUAAAGAAUUUUACCAUGAAAUUCUUUUUAAAGUUUGCCAGUGCGCUCCUCAUAUGCUUCUUGCUGUGAUCCCUAACUUGACUCAAGAGUUACUGACUGAUCAGGUUGAUGUCCGAUUGAAAGCUGUUAAUUUAAUUGGAAAGCUCUUUGCACUACCCGAGCAUCAUGUUGUACAGAAAUAUCACAAUCUUUUUGUAGAGUUCAAAAAUAGAUUCUCUGAUAAAUCUGCAGAAGUUAGACUUAGUGCUCUGCAGUGUGCUAAAGCGUGCUACAUAUCCAAUCCCUCUGGGAAUGUAUCACUUGAAAUACUUAGUAAGUAUUCUGCAACUGCUCUUGAAGGUCGAUUGUUGGACUUUGAUGAUAGAGUGCGAACACAGGCUGCUGUUGUUAUCUGUGAUCUUGCCAGGUCUAACCUGAAAUUUUUUCCACCUGAACUAAUUUCAAAAGUUACUGAAAGACUUCGGGAUAAGAAGAUAUCUGUCAGAAAGAAGGCUUUGCAGAAGUUGAUGGAGGUAUAUAGACAUUAUUGUAUCAUGUGUUCUGAAGGCCACAUGACAGCAAGUGAUCACUUUGAACAGAUUCCUUGUAAAGUCUUGAUGCUUUCCUAUGAUAAAGAUUGCAAGGAUUUCAGGCCCCAAAAUAUGGAGCUUGUUAUUGCAGAGGAUUUAUUUCCUCUCUUUCUUCCUGUUGAGGAAAGGACACAGCGCUGGAUCCAUUUGUUCUCCCUUUUCACUCCUUUUCAUGUGAAGGCACUGAAAUCUAUAUUAUAUCAGAAGAGAAGGCUGCAGGCUGACAUGCAAAUAUAUUUGGUACAACGGAAAAAAGAGAAGGACAGCAGUUCAGAAGAAAUGGAGAAGAGAAUAAAAAAUUCAUUUGUGAAAAUGUCAGCAUCCUUUCCAGAUCCUUUGAAAGCAGAAGAGUACUUCCAUAAAUUGAACCAGAUGAAAGAUAACAAGACUUUCAAUGCACUGGAGCAAUUAUUGGAUGAUCAGACAAUUAAAAGUGCCCAGACAUCUAGAGCCUCUGCUGAAUUGCUUCUGGCUAUUAUCAGUGUUUUUCCUUCCCUUAUGAGGGGUUUCGAAGAGAAGUUUCAAGUGCUGUUAGAAGAACAAAAUCCAAUUAAUGAUACACUGGUUGAAGUCUUGGCCAAAGCGGGCCCUCAUAUUAAAGCCAAAUUCAGUGUUUUUUACCCAUUUUUGGAGAGAAUAUGUCUCAAGGGGACUCGUGUUCAGUCGAAGCAUGCUGUUUCUGCAAUUGCUUCAAUGACUGGCUCUUCUGAUACGUUCAUUUUCUCAAAACUUUGCAAGGAACUUGUGGAUGCUUUAUACAGUGGGUGGAACGCCCCAACCGUAUUGCAGUCCUUGGGCUGUAUUGCACAACAUUCUGUUUCAGCAUUUGAAGCUCAAGAUCAAGAAAUUAGAUCAUACAUAUUUGGAAGAAUUUUUCAAAUGGAACCAUCUAAAGAUCAACCGUCACUUGAUGAUACUUCUGAGUGUUGUGAUUCUUGCAAGCUGAAGGUGAGCGUUAUGGAAGGGAAAUUCACCUCAGAGUUAUCUAUUUAUGCGCUGAAAGCGCUUGCCAAGAGUUUUUUGCCGCAUCGAGGAUCUCAUGUCAAGUGGCGUAUUGAUGAACUGCUAGAUAUUUUGUCAAAGAUGCUUCAAAUGGGUGAUACAUUUGAUGGAAUCAACUUGUGCACAAGUGACAAGCCUCAUAUCAAAUUAGCUGCUGCAAAGGCUGUUCUUCAGCUUUCUAGGAGAUGGGAUUUAUGUAUUUCUCCAGAGAUUUUUCGCUCUACAGUUUUGAUGGCAAAGGAAUCUUGUUCUUUUGUUGGGAGAUCAUUCCUUGAUAAAACGCAUAAGCUGUUGAAGGAGCGUGUUAUACCCAGUAGAUAUGCUUGUGCUUAUCCAUUGGCUGCAUCUGAUCACUGCAAGGAUCUUCAAGAUGCUUCAUUUAAAUACAUGGAAGAAUUUAUCAAGGAUUACAGCAAAGAAGCUCGAAUGCGUCAAACAUCUGGAGUGCAAGGAAGCUCAUGCAUGGAUUAUCCAUCAUACAUUGUUGUUUUCCUCAUCCAUGUUCUCGCACAUGAUGCUGGCUUCCCACCUGAUGGCUGUCAUGAUGAACAAGCGUUGGUAAAUGCUAGUAUCGUCAAUGGUGACAUGGAACAUAUAAAUGAUGCUGUCUUGUAUUUGCUUCUUAUUUUUCGUGCUAUUAGAAAAACCGAAGAUGCUGUUGAUGCUCAUGCAACUCCUAAGCUGGUCAUUCUGGCAGAGAUUGGGAUCGCCAUAGUAAAUGAAUUAAACCAUAAUGGCAGUUCCUCAUCACUUGCCUCUGGGAUGUGCUUUUUGCUACCAUCAUCGUUAUAUAGAAUAAGUGUUGUUAAGAAGUGUGAGGAGGCAAGUUUUGGAAGGACAUUUAACGCUAGCUUGAAACGUCUUGCCAAAUUCAGUGUUGGUGAAAGCUUUUUGAAAAGAGUCGUCCACAUUCUGAAAUCUCAAAUGUCUGGGCCUGCUAGCACUCUUUCCAAACGUAGGAAAAAGGGUCAAGAGGUUAGCAUUCAGUCUUCUGAUGUUGAACGAAACACAAGUAAUCCAGUAUCACAAACAAACGCUCGUUUAUCAUUGAGGGGUACAAGAGAAAAGCAAAAAACUGCAGCUAAGGAAAUUGGUUUGGGAUGUCAGCGAAAACGCGCCGUUUCUCCAAUUGAUUCUGAAUCUGCUGUAUUGCCCAAUAAGCGUUCUGCCAUUGUCAUGCACAAAGAUUAUGCAUCUAAAAGUUCUAAAUCCAUCCUGGAGGAAAGUCGGAAUUCUUCAUCUUGUGUUUCUGCAACCUUGAAACUCUCUCAGCUUGGAUCUCAUGUUUUGAAAGCGGACAGUACCAUUCCUUCUUUAAAAGAAAAUGCUGAGACUAGUAGAAGUAUUACCACCUCCAAAUAUUCCAAGGCCGAGCUUAAAGAAACUCACAGGUUGAGGAUCCAUGUUUAUAGGAAGUGGCGAUCUUGUCACUUUGAUGGAAAGAUGAGAGAAAAUUGUGUUAACAUAAGCAGGAGAAUAUAUGUUGGAAUAUCAGAAGAAAGAAGUGGCGGGUAUCACAAUCCAGAGGGGAAAUGUAUUUCUUAUGAUAGCGGUGACCUUUUAUGCUUGGAUAGUGAAAGCCGGGAGACUAUGAGUGAUAACUCUCUAUUGGAAAAGGUGACAGCUAAACGCCAGGAAUCCUUCAAUCCUGCUGGGUACCCUUCUCUCAGUAGUCAAAAAGAAACUUGUAAUGCAUUUGGAGAUGGUGCUGCCAAACAGACCAAAUGCUUAGCAAGCAUGGAAAGCCGAAGAUUCUCUAACAGAGUGACCUCUUUACCUGCGAAGGGAAAGAAUGGACAGAAAAUUCUCUUGGACACAUCAGCAUCAGAAAUCAUCAAUGUAAAUGAAGAUUGUGUAAGCUUAGAACCUGCUCCCGGUGUUGACCUAGAAGGUCUGGAGGUUGCUAAAGAAUGUCUGGGUGAUGCAUUUAAGCUUGAUUCACCAACUAUUGACGAUAAUCCCGUAGAACCUGGUUUGUUGAUUGAUUUAUUUCGCUCAGUGGAAGCAAAUGAGCACCAAAAAAACAAAUCGGAUUUUAGCCGCGGCACGACUCCUGUGGAUGCUCCCACUUCUUCUUAUGCUUAUGAUAAUACUAAUGAUGGUGGUUUAAUUAGAAGGCGUGUUGGAUUGAUUUUGAAUGUUAUUGGCAUGGCAGGGCUAUCUAGAGAUGAGCUAUUUGGGCAAUUCUUUGCUGCGCUUGAGAAAAUGCACUUCUUUAGAACAACUCCUGACGGGAACGAUGAUCCUGCCCAACUCGAUAGAGCCACACGGUUGUUUCAUGAUGCUUUAAAUGAAAUGGAGAAAAAUGGAUGCCAUUCCUAUGACCGCCACAGUCUAGCCGAAGCAUUAAAGUCACAAGGUAACAGGGCUGUGCAGUAUAAGCUAUACUCUGAUGCAAUAGAGUUGUAUUCUUGCGCCAUUUCACUUUGUGAAAAUAAUGCUGUUUACUACUGUAACAGGGCAGCUGCUUACACUCAGGUUCACAAAUAUAAUGAAGCAAUCAGAGAUUGUCUUAAAUCUGUCGAAAUUGACCCUGGUUACAGUAAAGCCUACAGUCGCCUUGGAUUAGCCUAUUAUGCACAAGGGAACUACAGGGAUGCUAUUGAUAAAGGAUUUAAGAAAGAUAUGCGAGUAUUGGAUUAUAGUCAAGUAGCUGAGCAGAAAUUGAAAGAACAGCAGCAACGAACAGAACGGGACCAGAAUACUAGUUCAUCCAAUGUUGAUAAUCAUGAAUUUAGCAACCAAUCCACAGGGUCUAGGAGCCAUAGUAUGCCAAUGCAAUUCAACAUUAAUGGCAUUCCUGUUGACUUUGCAAGCAUGUUAAGGAACAUGACUGGAUACAUGGGAGAACAAUCUCAAGACAGGCAAGGAGAAGGUGGGAGCGGUAAUGGAUCUGAUGAACCUGAUAUAAGAAUUGGUGGGAACAUUGGUGUGAAUUUGACGGAGAAUAUGCCAGAUGAGCUAAGAGGAGCUUUCAGGUCAGUGAUGGAAAUGUUCUCAGGGGCAGCUUCCCAUGGAAAUGAUCAAGAUGCCAUGAAUGGAAGAUCACCGACAAACUGA